AAAGGUUAUAUGACCGCCUAAGUGGAGCCACGUAGAAGCUCACCACCUAGAAAAGCAACCGGCCACUUAACAAAGUCACCAUCAUCAUCAUAAAACUCGGUCGUUUUUGCGAAGAAGAAACGAAAAAGUCCCAACUUUUCUUUUCCUUCUCAGAAAUAGGCGAAUUCUUUCGUACAUCCGGCGUUCUCUCCGGCCACUUGUUUCUACUUCACGAACCGUAGUCCCGGCGGCGCAAUCGGAUCAGCUGGAGAAUUGAGGUUGGGAUUCACAUAGUUGAAUUUUACAAGAGAUCAAUUUUGAACCGGUAGAAGAUUUUUGUGUGAAGAUGAGUGAGGCUUUCGAAAGAUACGAACGACAGUACUGCGAGCUUUCCUCGAAUUUAUUGAAGAAAUGCACCUCUGCUAGUCUUCUUGAUGGAGAGAGAAGGAAACAAUCAGUAUCUGAAAUAAAAGCAGGAGUUGAUGAUGCGGAAUCUAUGAUCCGCAAAAUGGAUCUUGAGGCCCGAAGUUUACCGCCAAAUGUUAAAGCAGUUCUACUUGCCAAGUUAAGAGAAUACAAAUCUGACCUGAAUAAUGUGAAAAAUCAAGUCAAAAGAAUCAGUUCAACUAACCUUAAUCUGGCUGCACGAGAUGACUUGCUGGAGUCAGGAAUGGCUGAUACAUUGACGGUGUCAGCAGAUCAGAGAGAAAGAUUAUUAUUCUCUACCGAAAAAUUGGAUAAAUCUAGUCAGAGGAUUAGAGAAAGUAGAAAAACCAUGAUUGAGACUGAGGAUCUUGGUGUUUCACUACUCGAUGAGCUGCAUAAACAGCGACAAUCUCUUUUACAUGCUCAUGACACGCUUCAUGGUGUCGAUGACAAUUUAAGCCGGAGCAAAAAGAUCUUGACCAACAUUUCCAGGAGGAUGAGCCGAAACAAAUACAUCAUUGGAAGUAUAGUGACAGUUCUUGUUCUGGCUAUCAUCUUGAUCUUGUACUUCAAACUAUCCAGAUAAGCUCGAUGCUGAAUGUGUGUUGUUGAGUGAAAGUUUACAGUGUGCUUGGUUUUGUAAUCCAGACUACCACGGUUGUUUUUUAUUGGAUUGAAGCAACUUGACCCACCCAAGUGAAGAUUGUAAUUCAUGUUGGCUUUUGUGUAACAGUAGUCUUGCAUUUGUUACAAAUUCACAGCAGCGUCCGGCGAUGAUUGAAUGUUUUAGCUGAUAAGAGUCCAUUUGAACGAGAUCCAAUUGAAGCUUGGUUAGUAAGGCUAUUGUGCAUCUUUUGAGUUCUGACGAUAUUGAACUAUUCAUGUUUGUUUAUAGGAAGCCAACAUUCAUAAUGGCAUACGUAGAAAUCUUACAUUAUUAGUUCGGCCAACUUGAAGGUGGUACCCUUCUC